CAAAUGCAGUUUCUUCUUUUAAUACACAAAGGAAAAAAAUAGUUUAAUUGAAAAAAAUUGAAAAAAAACUAUCGAUGAUAUUUAUUAUAAUAAACAUUUUGGUAUUGAGUAAAAUACUGAAGCCGCAAUAAAUUAUGAAUCGAAAUGAAAACAAAAGUAAACAACUGUGCACAUCAAUCAAAAAGAAAAAAGGGCAGGACCACAAGAACACAGAACCUUCGCUGUGGAGCCAAAUCCCAGCCACAGUUGUGCUUGCCAUAUACAUGUACUUGGGUGAUAAGGACAGGGUUUCCAUGGCAAGGGUAACUAAUUUUAAGUAGCAAUAUGGCUUAUGGCUAAACAAUAUAUUAUCAUAAAAUGUUUAAAUAGAAAUCAUAGGGUAAAGUGGAUAGAUGUACGAGUGAUGGAUAGAUGAGUGGAAUGGAUAAAUUGAAGUAGUUUGGAUCUACUGCAAUAAGUUAUUAGUGACUGUUAUGCACUGCUUUCUACUGUGUGAAAUUAAUCUCCUAUGUUAAUUGUAUGGCUUGUUCAAACAGUACCUGACAAAGGACGAUACCAUAGAGAAAUACAUUAACAAAAAUACGACACCCAAAACAGUACCAAUCACAAUUAUUAAGAUUUAAUUUAUUUAUAAUACAAUUUCAACACAAAAUAAAUAUAUUUACAAAUAAUCAUUAUAGAGUAUGGUAGAUCUUGUAUCGGUACACAAUUAGUACAAUGAGCCAAUUAAAAUGAUGAAUGAUGUAUGCAAAUAAACACAUAUGAGUACACAAAGAAUAAUACACGUCUCGUGAAGUUAAAAAUCUUUGUCUGAAUCUCCCUCAAACUCAGAAACACCUUAUUUAUAUAGUGGGUCUACCAACAUAUUCAGAAGCGACUUUGACAUUGUUUAGGUUUCUCGUCAAAUCGAGAAAGUUCCACAAGAUACUAGGAGACAAACUAAUCAUGUUUAAUUGGUAAACACGACAGAUCAAAAGAACUUGCCCCACCCAUCUAUAAACGAAGCUUCUGUUAGGAAUCUAAUUUUGGGCAUGCAAAGUUCACGCACUGGGAAACUUGUCCUACAUAUCAGUGACUCUUUUACUCUCGAUGCUGCGUGUGAAUGAAUGAGUUCGAGAGAAUGUAAGAAUCAAAUGGCGAAUUUCUAUAUGUGGCUUGAGGCUAUCAACUUAGUACACUACUGAAACGGGGGCAUAGUGGACUGCCUGUGUGGGUAUUUAAGGAACUCAAUGUUGAGAUCGUACACGCCAACACUGGUGACGCCAUUGCAAAUAACAUGCACAUCAGCAAUCGGAAAUUGAACAAACUUACGAGGCAAUGGGCUGUAAAUGACAGAUUGCUAAGGGCAAUAAAGGAGCAGACACAUUAGUAAAAAGAACAGAUCUGCCCAGCCACAAUCAAGGAAUGAAGUCUCCUUUCUCGGUAUCAAAAAUUAGUUUUAUGAUCAUUUUAGGGCAAUGCGUGAUCAAACUUCACGCUAACAUUGGCCUCCCAGAAAGUCGAAUUUUUAAAAAGACAGCAACAGAGCUUUAGACAUCGGAUAGGGAGUGAUAACUGCCCCACUAGGUUCUACUGCUACAGGCCAGACAUGACAAAGAACUAAACUGUUGACAUUACACAAUGACCCACAGAAAUAGUUGUACACUUGUUAAAUUCGAGCCCCAAAACUCAUCUUUUGGAGACCAAGACCGCAUGCAAGCCCAAAAUGUAAAAAAUAUCUUUGGACAGCUUAACCGACAAAGCGUUUUGCAGUUUUAAAGCCAGGAUGGUGGGAGAGCGUGGGUUAAGACCUCACCAAAAUAUGAACAACAUUGACGAAAUGAUGGAUGAGAGAACAACUUAAAAGCUGGAUGCGUAAAUAAUCUUAAUAAUUGGUGUUAGAACCAAUGGAUGAAUGAGAGGUUGGCUGCGUGAUUAAAAUGUAGUAAAGAUGAGUGAAUGAAUGAAAGGUUGGCCGUGUGAAUAAACUGAUGUACAGAUGAGUGAAUGAAUGAGAGGUUGGCCGUGUGAAUAAACUGAUGUACAGAUGAGUGAAUGAAUGAGAGGUUGGCCGUGUGCAUAAACUGAUGUACAGAUGAGUGAAUGAAUGAGAGGUUGGCCGUGUGCAUAAACUGAUGUACAGAUGAGUGAAUGAAUGAGAGGUUGGCCGUGUGAAUAAACUGAUGUACAGAUGAGUGAAUGAAUGAGAGGUUGGCCGUGUGAAUAAACUGAUGUACAGAUGAGUGAAUGAAUGAGAGGUUGGCCGUGUGCAUAAACUGAUGUACAGAUGAGUGAAUGAAUGAGAGGUUGGCCGUGUGAAUAAACUGAUGUACAGAUGAGUGAAUGAAUGAGAGGUUGGCCGUGUGAAUAAACUGAUGUACAGAUGAGUGAAUGAAUGAGAGGUUGGCUGUGUGAAUAAACUGAUGUACAGAUGAGUGAAUGAAUGAGAGGUUGGCUGUGUGAAUAAACUGAUGUACAGAUGAGUGAAUGAAUGAGAGGUUGGCCGUGUGAAUAAACUGAUGUACAGAUGAGUGAAUGAAUGAAAGGUUGGCCGUGUGCAUAAACUGAUGUACAGAUGAGUGAAUGAAUGAGAGGUUGGCCGUGUGAAUAAACUGAUGUACAGAUGAGUGAAUGAAUGAGAUGUAUGAUGUGUGAAAGGAGGGUUUAGCGAGUGUGUUAGCCGAGGUCGCAAGGAGCGUGAGUUCGGACCUCAGCAACAUAUGAAUAAUAGUAGAUCUGCAAAGUGAUAGAUGAGUGAAUAAAUAUAAGCUUGAUGUGUGAAUAAAGUUAAUGUGUGGUAUAACACCAAUUGAUGAAUGUGAGGUUGCCCGUGUAAAUAAACUUAGUAAUUGGUGUAAGGGCGAGUAAAUGCACUGAUUAAUUUAUAACUAAAAAGAUAACUUUUUGAAAGUAUGGCUCAGCCAUUUUUCACUCUAGUGUUUAUGCUGUUGAGUCAAUUAUUGACUUUAUGGUGCUUCGCAAAUCACAAACCAAUAAAUAAAUAUUUAUUUGACUAUGAAGUAAAUGAGUAAUUAUAUCGAUGCUAAAUACCAAGAAAGUAAUCAUAAAAAACUCGACGUUUAAAGCAUUUAUUCUACUGUAUUAUGAACCGAAUCUGCCAGCAACGCCCCACCCCCCCCCCCCCCCUAGUAAUUAUAUCGAUGAUAAAUACCAAGAAAGUAAUCAUAAAAAACUCGACGUUUAAAGCAUUUAUUCUACUGUAUUAUGAACCGAAUCUGCCAGCAACGCCCCUCCCCCCCCCCCAACCUUUCUAAUAUUUUUUUAUGUGAAGAAAAGAACCGUUUUGUCGGUACCUGCCAAAGAAAGUCCCAGGUACAUGACCCCCCACCCAAAUUACAUAAUUGUCUUCCUUGCUAAGGUGUGUCAGGCCUGGUACCAAGGCUUCAAGGUUCCAGCGCUGUGGAGGUCACGCAUUAUUGAGUUCGGUGAAAUUAGAACAGAAGAAGAAAUCGAAGAGGAGGUCUCAAUGAAUUCAGAAACAGGAACUUUAAAGUCUUACGGUACAGCUACUAUACAUUGUUACAGUCAGAUAAUGCUUUAACUAAUAUUCAGGUACAACUAGCAAUACUGGAUACAAUAAUUUGGGAUACAAUUAAAAAUGUAACACAUCAGUUUAAAAAAAAAUUAAAUGAUAAAUAAAUUUAAAAAACGGUAACUGGUUCAGUUACCAUACCUGUGCAACAAAAUUAACAUUAAUAUACAAAUAACAAACCUUAAGAGUGCAUUCUAGUGCAAACAAGAUAUUGGUACAAACUAAGAUACAUUCUGCAAUAGCAAAUAACAAACUGGUAGAAUGCACGCAGUAACAUGGCACAGAUGGUGUCAUUUAUUGUAUUCAGCCAUGUUAAUCACUUUAGAGUCCGAACACAAAUGUCCUUUCCACCAAUGAGUCAAUCCCUUACCUUGCACCAUUUAUCCUUACUCCAUGUUUCUUAUUUAAACAUUCCAAAUGUAUUUUUCAACAGGAAAGUGCGCGGUCAAAUUCGCUAAACAGUUCCCGACCUCUCUCCAGGACAUUGAGAUUUACUUCAACCAUGUGUAUGGGCAAGAUGGCAAAGUGAUCGUCAAAGACUUCAAACAGUUCUCUGCGUGUUUGGAUGGCGCCAAACUCAGAAACAUUUCCAUUGCAUAUCUGGAUAUAGGCAUGGUCAGUCGGAAGAUGCAAAAAGAUGUUAUUGAUUCAUUCAAGAGAUUACUCCAGAACCAGCGCUCGCUACAGGUAAAAACAAUGCAAAAUGAUACUUAUCUUGGAGAUAACACCACGAUACAUGGAAACCUCUGAUAGGCAUUGGGAUCUGAGAGAGUCUUUAGUUAAAGGCGGUUGUAAUGCAAUUUUUGAUAUUUUCUCACUGGGUAUCUAGGCGCUUUAAACCCUGGUUGAAAAUUUCAUUAAAAAAAAAACAAAAACAAAAAAAAAAAACAAACAAACAACCAAACAAGAAAUUUUAGAUAAAACAUGCUAUUUUUAUAAUAAAGUUAAGUCAGCUGUUCUCAACCUGUCGAUUGCGGGUUGCCUUAGACCAUCGGAAAACACACAUACUCUACAUUUAUGAAGUAGAAACGAAAAUAAUUGUAUGGUUUAUGGGUCAUCACACGACGGUGAACUGUAUUAAAUGGUCGUUGCAUUAGGAAUGCUGAGAGCUACUGCGUUAUUUAUAUUUAUAUUUAAGCCUUUGAGGUAAUAUAUGUUAAUUAUAAAGCGAUUCGUUUUUGUUUUUUUCUUUUAAUUCAAUUUUUUUACAGUGUCAACAGUUUUAAAUAUAUUUGUACUUUGAGUCAAUUUCUUAAAUGUUGUUUUGCAUAAUUAUGACAACUCUUCUAUUUUUGAUUUAGAAAUGUCAAAUAAAGUGUUCAUUCUUUGACCUUGAGACUGGUCUACAAAUCAUACAAUGUUUAGCCGAGGCCUCUGGCGCUACAAUUGAAGACCUAUCUCUAGAGGGCUUAUUCCACAAUGGAACGCCUAUUAACCCAAAAGGGCGGGUGUUAACAGAAAUGCAGGUCAUUGUCACAUCUCUUUAGUAUCACUAUUCACUUGAUUUGCUUUUAUUUUCUAAAGAUAAGAUAGAGACACAUCAUUUACAUCAUGAUUGCUUAUUGUAUCUUUUUAUAUUACUUGGUUAUCUAAAUAUGUUAUCUUAUCUUAUUUUUGUCUAGUUCUCUAAUUAUUUUAUCUUAUCUUUUUAUUUUUAAAUAAUACCUCUGUUUGAAUAGUAUUUUUUUUUUUAAAAUAAUAGAAUAUAGGUUCUCUCAAAUAUAAUUUUAGCUAUUUUAAUUUGGUGUUGUGCACCAUACGUCUUAACUUUGGGUGUCAUGACCUGGUCAAUCUACGAAGCAACCCUUAACCCCACUCAAGAAGAGAUUUUUGCCUAAACCGUUAAUUUAUUUUUUAAGUUUUAAUUUUUUAAACUCCAACCAGGCUAAUCAUUGCGUUUAUAUUUUAACAUUUUCAGAAAUUCACAGGCCUUUCUCGUAUUCACUUCGACUACUACUUUAUUUCUGAAGAACUGGCGAAAUCCUGGGUCAUGGCAUGUCCGAAUCUCUCAUUCAUUAGGCUCGUUUCUGAUGAAUACAUUCAUCCCAGUAUGUUUGAUUGUCGGUUGGUUAUUAUGCUGUUUAAGUUUUGUUUAAAUUAAACAUUGUUUCAAACGUGUAUGUGCCAUUUAAAGUGCUUUAGUCUUGUAAAAUGUAUGGACAAGUCUCACAAUUUGUUGUGUUGAUAAUUACGUUAGUGCAGUUCUAUCUCCUCAUUUAGAGGCCGAAGCAUCCAAGUGAGUAGAUACAAUUUCUGUGAUGCAAUUGUUUGUGUAUUUCUUUUAUCAUAAAGGCGUUACAAAUGUCCCUAAUGUGUCUGCAUGGGCCUGCGCCAUCUUGUGUUAUUUGUGACGUAAUAGUACACGUGCACACAACAAUCAAGUGCAUGUUUACUUGAUUUACACAUGACUAACACUGUCCUCCAAUCCACUCAAUCACAUGACUAACACGGUCCUCCAAUCCACUCAAUCACAUGACCAACACGGUCCAAUCCACUCAAUCACAUGACUAACACGGUCCUCCAAUCCACUCAAUCACAUGACUAACACGGUCCAAUCCACUCAAUCACGUGACUAACACGGUCCUCCAAUCCACUCAAUCACGUGACUAACACGGUCCUCCAAUCCACUCAAUCACGUGACUAACACGAUCCUCCAAUCCACUCAAUCAGCUCACGUCGUAAGCUGUGAGACGUGGAAGUCAUUGGUCAGAACACAUCCAAAUUUGUUGGUUGAGUUCAACGCCUCAGACAUCCAAGACACAAAGCACAUGCUUGAUAUAUUAUCACCGGCUAUUCCCCUGUUCGAUUUAUCCUGGGAGAGAUUUGAAGAUACAACGGAAUUUGAGGUAGGAUAAAGUCAUAGAAUAAUUUUUUGGGUGUGAUUUGCCAUUAAUCUGUUUAAAAGUUCAAGUUGCAAUUACAUUGUACCUCUGCAACGGACACAAUGCAACAUUUAUUACUUUGAACUUAAUUUUAAAAUGUGAUAAACUAUUUAAAGAGCGUUUUUUUGGAAUUAUUUUUAAUUUUUUUUUUUUAAUUUCUUUUUUUUUUUUUGAAACUCCAAUUUUGGUUCAAUAUUUCAGCUUUUUUGGGGUAUGUUAUUAGAAAGAAAGAAAUUAUUUUAAGGAUUUUUAAAGUGUGUUUUUUUGGAAUUAUUUUUAAUUUUUUUUUUUUAAUUUUUUUUUUUUUUUUUGAAACUCCAAUUUUGGUUCAAUAUUUCAGCUUUUUUGGGGUAUGUUAUUAGAAAGAAAGAAAUUAUUUUAAGGAUGGCCAGAUUUCAUGUCCGAAAAGUCCGUAAAAAAUGAAUUUUAAUUUGGUCUGCUUGUCACCAAUCGAUAGACUCAUUGCCCAUGACAAUGGAUCCUAUCAAAUUUUCAGCCCCACCCCCAACUCCACAAAAUUAGUUUUUCAAGGAAAAUAAGAAGCAAACAAGGUGUCGAUUAUUACAGGAAAUAAAAAAAAGCCUGAUAACAAAACUAAACGAGAUUUUUUAAAAACAUAAGCAAACCUUGAAUAGGAAUUUUAGUUAUGGAUCUCAAUUUAAAGAUAAAGUAUGCUACAUGAUUAAUGGCGUCCACGCCGUCUAUGGGAAAUAGUAGAUCAAGAUAACUUUGGAAUAGGGAGCUGUAACUUACUUUUGGGGGAAAUUAAAUGAUACAACAUUCUAUUGUUAAGUGCCCCACCACACUUUUUGAGAGAUAACUUUUGCCGUUGAAGAACCUCAACGUUUCAACAUUGUUAUAGGGUAACUUGAAUAUGUAAAUUAAGGAUUGUUAUAGGGACCUCCUCCAUUAACAAAUUGAUAACACCUUAAAGGCAAGGCCAUUAGGUUAAACUAGAAUCAAAAUAAUGCCUGGUAAAGCCAUAAUAUAUCAGAAUAUGUAUCCCGGUUGUAUCAUAAACCUGGUGUGAUCCCAUUCCUGGUGUGACCCUGAUACCCGGGAGAUCCAAAUCCCGGUGGAAUCCCGAUACUGAUGGGAUCCCUUUACCCGUUGUGAUGCCGAUCUCGGUGGGUUCCCGUUUCCUGGUCUGAUUUCCUUUCCUGAUGGGGUCCCUUGACCCCGUUACUCGAUAGGAUCGCAUUAACGGUGGGCUCCACUUUACUCACCCCCAUUUAGGAUACUUUUCCUAGUUGGGUUUUUGUUACUGGUAAGAUUAUGAAGAGCAGGUUUAGAGAAAUUUCCCAGGAAGUUAUAGAAAUUAUUAGAACAUAACUGACAUUUCACUAAGGGUUUAGAUAUCAUUAUAUGUCACCGUAAAAUAAUAUAGAUCGUUCUGGAAUAUUCCAGAUUAAAUUUUAUAUCUUCAUUGAAACGUGUAAAAUCUGUAUUUUUGAAAGUAAUUAUUCUUCGAAUACAAAAACUUAUAGAACUAAAUCACUGCUAGAUGUAUAGUCUUUUAAGCGAGCACCCCUUUCAUAAUUUUAUCAAAUCACUUUAGCCUGAGAUUUUUUUUUUUUUUUUUUUUUUUUUUGAGGGUGGGGGGGGUUUUAUCUGUCAGAUGAAAUCAAAGAGUUCAAAUUUAAAAUUCGUUCCAUUAAAAUCUAUUUAAUAAUGUCAUAGAUAUAGAUUUUAAAUUUAAGAAAACGUCUGGAAUAUUCUAGAAUGGAUAUUCUUAGUUUUAAAUCCACCUAUAUUUCACUACCGACAACUAAGUGUCUUGCUACUAUGCUGGACCUAUAUCCAUCUUUUCACAUGUAAUCUAUUGUUUUGUCUUAGCUUAUAUAUAUUUAUAUUGAUUUUUAUAAGGAAAAAGGACAUGGGGCUCCUGGCCUCAGAUGAAUGGAAAUGAGUUCAGAACCAUUCUGUAUUUGAAUAUGGAAUAUUUAAAAAGAGUUAAGUGUAAAAGGUUUAAUCAAAUUCCAUCUAUUAGUGUAAGAAUAUUUGUUACAAAUUGUGUUUAUAUAGUCCCCCCAGCCCCAUACUGAAUUUCAUAAAAUGAAUUCCUAAUUCCGUAAGGGUUACUUUGAGAUAAUGAUUGAUAUAUGUGUCAAGUUUGUUCAAUAUCCGUGAAUCCACGUAAAAUCAUUUGUAAAACAAGCAAACCAACCAAAAUGUUUCACUUUUAUUUAUGUUUAUAUAGUUGAUAUGAUAUCACGUAUAUUUGUCCACAUUAUUUACUAUAAAGAAAGUAAAGAUCUUUAUCUAUCUUCUUUAGAUGAUCCGAUUACUUCAUCGUGUUGCCCACUAUCAUAGAACUAUAAGGUAUCUGUCCCUCCGCAUUUCGGGUCAAUUUCCGAAUUUGGAUACAAAAGCAGUGCAGAACAUCCUGUCAAAAUGCACAAAACUGUAAGUCCAUUUUGUAUGUGACAUUGAAGAUUACUGAUUGUCACCGUAAGCAAUGCGCCUCACAUUCUAAGAACAUAAGCUUCCCAGGAUAUAUUUACUUCAAUUAAAACUCUAAUAUGAAACGAAUUAUUCUAUAAAAUAUUUGUUUAUCAUAAUUGAUUGUUGAUUGUUUUUUUGUUUUUAAUUAAUUAAUCAUAAAAUAAUGCUUAGUUUAGCUUAGAGAUUGGAUUUUGAUUCCUUGCCAUUUGAGGCUUAAUUUCACUAUUCUAGCUCAGUUAAUAAUUGACAGCUAAUAUAUGUUUGUAACGUUAUGGUUGGACUUGAGUUUAUGACCACCUGUAGACAAAAGUUUACUCUUUCUAUGAGUUAAGCAUUCUUUAUAUGUCACAAAUAUAUAUAUUUAAAUUGGGAACGAAAUAAUUACAAGCAAACGUUUACAGUAAGAUUUUAAAAAUGUUAUGGCUUUGAACAUAUAAAAAAGAAAUUAAAGUAAAUACUGCAUACUUUAAAAAUAGUCUAUUGCAUACUAAGUCUGGUAUAAUCACGUCACAAGAUAACAAGUACCUAGCCUAUGGGACGACCACUAAAAAGCCUGCUUUCAACCUCAUGACUAGUGCUCACAUUCCUAACCUAAUUCUAAUUGAUCAUCUUUUAAUAUCCGAAACCAGCCCAUUUAAAUACUUGUAUCUCCCUGCAUGAUAUCGCGGUGAAAGACAAGUCACAUUGUUUCCUUUUAGAUGCGUCAGUGACUUGCAAAUUCUUGAGAACCUAUGUGGUUUUAAAGACAACGAUAAUGAUUAAGUUGUAUUCUAUUUGUAACAAGGAUUUCCAGGUUGAUCCCGGAGAUUCCAGGGACUGGCGGGAUACUUGGUCCACGAUAUCGGUGAUAAAUUUAUUUAAAGGCAGGCAAAUUUAAACAUUUGCUUCAAAAUUAUAGAAAGUUAAAUUAUAUUGUUGAAUUAAUACACAUUAUUUUUGUAAACACUUCCUUCAUUCUUAGGUUCGGAGGGUGGGGGGGCUGGAGUGUCAUUAAAACUAAUAUAGUUGACUGGAGAAAAUGCGUCUGACUAGAUCAACGCUUACGUGGGUCAGUUUCCCUGUCUCGGGAGCGAGUGACACUCAAUGCUGCACUGACCAUAUCAGCUGCAACAAACUUAUAUCUAAUACAAAAUGUCAAGAAACAUGAAUAGUAAAAAAAACAACAAAAAAACAUGUUUUCCCUAAACAUAAAUUGCCCCUAAGAGAGAAGAGAAGAUUUAAAUGUCUUGAUUUUAAACGUGCCCUUAACAGAGAGAAUAGAAGGCACUAAUGAGUUAUCAACAUUUAUUUAAAACAUAAUUUGUUUUCAAAUAGCAAAGUCAUUUAACACAUAAUUCACGCUAUUUUGCCUAAAAUUAUGUGUCCAAUAAACACCGUAAAGAUAAAGCCUUUUAACCUGCCUUCUUGCACAGGUGUUAUGUUGGUGAACACUCAGCUGGGAAGUUGGUUAUCAUUGGUGUUAAACAUUGUGAAGUCCAGCAUCAAUAUUAAGAAAGACACAAACGCUAGUGUCUUCUAAUAUGAUUAUAUAAAGUUGCACAUAGAUUUUGAUAGUAGAGUUUAUGUUGCACUAUAUCCAUGCCCCUCUUAAGAAUGGUAAUCCUGAAACUUAGCUAAACAAAUAUGCUUUAAAUUCUCUGGCUAAGAAAUACAACACUUUUCACAACCAUAAAAAUACCGGUCACGUUGGGAUGAUCAUGAGAAGUGUGUUAGUUAAUGGUACACAAUUUAGUAUUGAAAGAAUAUCCGCUCUAUUCUUGAUAAAAAUGUCUCCAUUUUUUAAAAUUCAGUUUUUUAGUGUAUCAUUAACGGCAAAGAAGGUAUUUGUGCAAAGUUUAGCCUGUUGCAAAAGCCUAAGCUCGUAGCAAAAUGUGAAGUAUUGUUUAUGUGAUAUCUGUUUACAUUCAAUACCGUGACUGAUCCUGUUGAUGGUGAGGGCAGUGACUAUUCUCUCUCUCUAUCUCUCUCUCUCUCUCUUUCUUUCUCUCUCUCUAUCUCUCUCUCUCUCUCUUUCUCUCUCUCUCUCACUCUAUUUCUGUAAAUAUCUCUUGAAAUUCUCACCAUUUGCAUUUUUUUCCAGUGAAAUUUUCUGUGUCGCAUAUCGGACAUGUUUUCCUUUAUUCAAAUGAUGUCAAGAGCAUUAUUGUGUUGAUAGACAUUGGAAACACGAGCAUACCAAACAAGCCACAGCGUCAGCAGAGGAGAUUGAGACACUAAAUAGGAUUUUUCCCUAAUUUUCAAAAUAUUUAGUAAAAUAAAUCACGUCACAAAUAUUGCCUUGCUUUAUUAACAUUUCAAAUUUAGGAAUUAUUUGCACGGAAGAAUUAACAUUUAUAUUCGUGAUAUCAAGUGGAGAAUUUUAGUUAAGAUGAGAUCUGAAGGCAAUGAUAUAGUUCAUGAACAAGUUUGUGAUUAUGACACCUGGUUUGAUCUGAUAGUAACGACGUAGCUCAUGGACAAGUUUUUGAUUGUGAGACCUAGUGAGUUCUGAAGGCAAAGAUGUAGUUCAUGAAUAAUUGUGUGAUUGUAACACCUAGAUGGCAAAGAUGUGGUUCAUGAACAAGUUUUUGAGACUUAGUGAGUUCUGAUGGCUAAGAUCUAGUUCAUUAACAAGUUUGUGAUUGUGACACUUAGUGAGAUCUGAUGGCAAAGAUGUAGGCAAUGAACACGUUUUUUAUAGUGACACCUAGAGAUAUCUGAAGUCAAACAUUUAGUUCAUGAAUAGUUUCGUGAAAUCUGAUCUUAGGAUUUUAAGUUGUAGAAAGUGGCUCUAUCCAUUUCUGAUGACAAAGUUUGUGUUUGUAACGGCAUCGGUGUAACAUGUUGUGGCACUAUAUCCACAUCCAUCUUUUUCUGUUUGUUAAUUUGGUAACCCUGACCCACUUAACUGAUCGUGUUUAUCUUGCUUGAUUCUGAGGGUUUAAUGAUAGAAAAUAAUAAUAAUAAUAAUAAAAUGAAUAUAAAAUUGUGACAUUCAAAAUUUUUUUUAAAAAAAAUACAUAGAUAUAUUUACUUUUUGCAUUGACAUAAGGGCAGCAAAUGGAUGUUUUUUUCGAGAGUUUCCCCCCUUUAGUCUCGUCAAACUUGUGAUUCGUAUUUUAAUAUAACUUUCCAUAAAUGGAAAUUGUUAUUAUUAUUUAGUAACAGAAACAAUACUAGAUCACCGACCCGUGUGGCAGCUCGCGAGUUAAAAUUACUUGAUGAUUUGUGUCAACUCUUGUUGUGCCACCUAUUUGGUGGCUCCCUGUGCCCAUUUUCAUAAUAAUAUUGAAUCAGCGGUUAACUGCUGGUCCACUCAUGGUUCCGAGUAACGGGAAUUUUUUCUAUGUAUUAACAUGUAUCUGAAAAUAGCAUUUUAAUUAACAAUGUUUGGCAUUAUUGUAUGACUUAUUGUAAAAAAUAAUAUUGUAUGAGUUUAACUGCUGACGAACAUUUUAACUUGAUAAAUCUUUCUUUUAGUGUUUACAAGUUACAGUAACUGUUAUUGACAUUGUAAAUGGAUUCCCUUGUUAUCUUUCAGGCUGCCAUUCCAAUGUGAGAAGGAAACGAAUCCUGUAUUUCACGAAAACAAAUGGAACCUGUCCCAAAACCGUUGGUGGUUCGCACAAAACAACGUCUAAGCCAUUAUUAGAUGCCCCACACAUUAAGAUUUAUUAUGUGUUCAUUAAUUUUUUUUUCAUUUAUAAAAAUUACCGGUUCUUACAAUUACACAAUAUCAACAUUUUAUUUUUA